AGGCAUGGUGCAGGGUUCUUUGACUUGCAGAAAAUCUGGUCCAAUAUGUCAGCGAAGAAUCCAACUACUACCUGCUAACUUCUUAGUUUCUCAAUUCUCACUCUAUCUGUUGAGCUUAAACUUAUCAAUUCAAACCAAAAGCAAUCAGAGAGUUCCAAUAAUGUGCCUUAAGGAUUUUUUGGUGUUGUUUGUUUUAAUCAAAGUGGCAGCCUCAAGCAAUGAAGGUUUCAUUUUCAAUGGAUUCAGUUCAGGACUGGUCUCUGGCCAGAAUAAGAGUUUAGAACUGGCUGGUGUAGCGGAAGUUUCCGACGGUCUUUGCAGACUUACAAACACAGAAUCUUUUAAGAUUGGCCACGCUUUCUAUUCGGUCCCGUUUAGGUUCAAGAAUUCAUCAAAUACUAAUGCGUCCUCUUUCUCUACCACUUUCGUGUUUGCUAUGGUUCCUGAGAAUUUUCGGGGCCACGGUAUGGCCUUUGUGCUUGCUCCGUCCCAGGAGUUUAUAUCAGGCCAAGGAGUUGCAUCUGGCCAGCAUCUGGGUCUAUUCAAUCGUACAAAUAAUGGAAAUCCAUCCAAUCAUAUUGUUGCCGUCGAGCUUGAUACGUUUCUAAACCAAGAAUUUGGUGAUCCUAAUGGUAACCACGUUGGGAUUGAUAUCAAUAGCUUAUCGUCAGUGAAUUUAACUUCUGCAAACGAUGUCCCUGAAAGCGGUCUAUUGGACCCUGUUGAUCUGGUGAGUGGAGAAGGGGGACAACUUUGGGUGGAAUAUGAUGGUGCAAAGCAUCAACUUAAUGUCACGUUAUCUCGGUUUAACACGAGUAAGCCAGAACCGCUAUUGUCUGUGGAUAUUGAUUUAUCACCUUUCAUUUUGGAUCAGAUGUAUGUAGGUUUCUCUUCCGCCACUGCUCAACUAACAGCAUCUAGUUAUGUUUUGGGUUGGAGCUUCCAGAUAGAUGGGAAAGCAGAAGAUCUUGAUCUGGCCAAACUUCCAUCGGUACCAAGCGCAAGCAUUGAAAGAUCUGGGAAAAAGAAAAUAACACUAGCAGUCGGACUGUCAAUAGCUGGAGUACUUUUUGUGGGAGUUAUAGUCUCUGUCAUUUUUAUCUUGAAAAGAAAGAAAGACACAUUUGUUGAGUUACUUGAAGAUUGGGAGUUUCAAUUCGGACCUCAUAGGUUUGCUUACAAGGAUUUAUUCAUAGCAACUAGAGGUUUCAAUGAAAAGGAGCUUCUUGGACAGGGCGGUUUUGGACAAGUUUUCAGAGGGGAAUUACCCGGAUCAAAAGUCCAAAUUGCAGUGAAGCGAAUCUUCCACAAAUCUCAGCAAGGGAUGAAAGAAUUUAUUGCAGAGAUUGGCACAAUCGGUAGGCUGCGACAUCCCAAUUUAGCACGACUCCUUGGCUAUUGUCGAAGUAAAGAUGAGCUCCUUUUGGUCUAUGAUUUUAUGCCAAAUGGCAGUCUUGACAAGUUCCUCUACAACAAGCCAGAGGCCACUCUCAAUUGGAAUCAAAGAUUUAGCAUCAUCAAAGAUGUAGCCACUGCGCUUGCCUACCUGCAUGAAGGGUGGGCGGAAGUCAUCAUUCACAGAGAUAUAAAGGCCAGCAACGUGUUAUUAGAUGGUGAGUUUAAUGGAAAAUUAGGUGAUUUCGGGCUUGCAAGAUGUAGCAAACAUGCACAGGAUCCUCAAACGACGCAUGUAGCUGGCACCUUUGGCUACAUGGCACCAGAGCUUGCUAAAACAGGCAAGGCAAGUACAAGCACCGAUGUUUAUGCAUUUGGGGCAUUUUGCUUGGAGGUGACUUGCGGUAGAAGGCCAAUCAAGCAAAGAGCAUCAGCUGAAGAAGUGCAUUUGGUGGAUUGGGUGUUCAAAUGUUGGAAGGAAGGUGAUAUCUUAAAGACAGCAGACUCCAAACUUGAGAAUGACUUCAAGGUUGGGGAAACCGAUCUAGUGUUGAAACUUGGACUACUUUGCUCACACAAUGUGGCAGCACUUAGGCCUAGAAUGUCACAAGUUAUCUUGUAUCUGAGAGGCCAAGCUUCACUCCCUGAAAAUUUGGAUCCAAUUCUUCACACCUCAGAGCUUGUCGAAGAGUCCAGUGAUUAUUCUGCACCAUCGACAAAUGAUUUUACUAGAGCAUCAGUUACUAUCACUGAAUCUUUCCUAUCUAGAGGUCGUUGAUUGUAAUGCUAUAACUAAUGAAUCAAUUUUAUUAGACUGAUUUAUAGUUUUUUUUUUCUUUAUAUAAAGAUUUAUAUCAGUUAUUACACGUUUUAAACUAGUUAGACAUUAUUACUCGAAUUCAAGUA